AUGAUUCUCACCCUUCCCAGGCGUGCGGCGUGGCCACGUCAAAGUCUUUCUCUCAGAGGCUCCGUAAGGAAUUACAGUGUCUCACCAUGUCUCUCGCGACAGGCCGAUGCCCCCUUCCGCAUGGCCGUAGUUGGAUCUGGUCCCGCUGGAUUUUAUACGGCAUAUCGUGUCAUGUCUAAGCUUCCACAAGCCCGUGUGGACAUGUACGAGGCUUUGCCGGUCCCGUUUGGUCUUGUACGCCACGGAGUUGCUCCAGACCAUCCCGAAGUAAAGAACUGCAAAGACAAAUUUGAUGAAGUUGCUUCCUCUCCCAAUUUUACGUUUGUAGGAAAUGCCUCCAUUGGUCAUCCUGGGCAUUUGGCAGAGCAUUGCACUAUACCUCUCAAGGUCCUCAUGAGUCAUUACGACUCUGUCGUCUUUGCAUACGGGGCGGCAGAGGACAAGAAGCUUCACAUUCCAGGCGAAGCAUCUCUUAAAGGCAUUUACUCAGCCCGCGAAUUUGUCGGCUGGUACAAUGGCCAUCCAGAUUGUGGCCAACAUGAGCCAGAUCUAUCACGGGCAGAGGAAGCAGUCAUCAUCGGCCAAGGCAAUGUUGCCUUGGAUGUGGCCAGAAUCCUACUAGAGGAUGUCGACGUGCUAAGAAAGACCGAUAUAUCAGAUCGAGCCCUUGCACAGCUAGCACAAAGCCGCAUUAAGAGGGUUCAUGUUGUAGGGCGGAGAGGGCCAAUGCAGGCGGCUUUUACAAUCAAAGAAGUGCGAGAGCUAAUGAAACUUUCUGGAGUGGCUUUUCAUGGAGCGGAUAACUCGCUGAUACCAGCAGCUCUUGAUACCCUUCCAAGACCCACCAAGAGACUUAUGGAGGUCAUUCGAAAGGGAACGUCAGCCCGCGUUUCUGAGUCACCGAAAACUUGGUCACUAGACAACUGCUUGUCGCCAAAAGCCUUUAUUGGAGACAGGCGGAACCCUUCUCUUGUAGGCAGCACCGAAUUUUAUGUAACGAAGCUGGAAGAUCCAUUCAACCCCCGAUCAUCCGUAGCUCGUACAGAUGAAACCGUCACCCUUCCAUCGGAUAUAGCUUUCCGAUCUGUCGGUUACAAAUCAGUGGCUCUACCGGGAUUUGCUGAGGUCGGUAUCCAAUUCGACGAGAAGCGAGGAAUCAUCACCAACGACGGCCUGGGCCGAGCAACACAAUCGUCAACCAACCCUGUUGAGUCCACCGGGACUCAUCCACCGGCUCUGCCUGGCGUUUACUGCUCGGGCUGGGUUAAGCGAGGUCCCACUGGCGUAAUUGCGUCUACCAUGAGCGACGCAUUCAUAACUGGCGAUGCUGUGGUGCACGACUGGCUGUCAGGGGCUCCCUUUCUAAGUCGCUCAGGAAACGGCACGGCUGAGGGAUGGGAGGCAAUCAAAGCUGAUGUUGGCGCCCAAGCUGAUGAAGUAGUCACCUGGGAUCAAUGGCGCCAGAUAGACCAAGCCGAAACAGCGCAAGGGCUAACAAGAGGUAAACCUAGAGAGAAGUUCACCAGCAUUAGAGACAUGCUCAGCUCCAUCAAAUGA